GUGAAACGUCUGCAUGCAUUUUACGACAUUUCGCUGUGCAUGUGAUUUGCAUAUCGGAUCAUGUAAAAUGCCAACUCUCAAGUGCCAAUGAUUGCAGAAAAUAGUCAGCUAGAGUCGUUAUCAAUCGUUUUUUUUAGGUUGCUGUGUUUGUGUUGUUCCUUUCUAACCCUGAUCACACUGCGUCUGGUGUGGAGAGGAAUAGCAGACCGUAGAUGUGCAGUAGCAACAACUAGCCUUGGAUCGUGUGAGAUGUUUUUUUUCUUUCUUCUUUGAAUCAAAUCAAACCAACAGCUUCAAUUGCUACCAGCAGAAGCAAACAAAACUGUUGUUCAUAGAAUAACAUAGCAGACUUCGUUGGUUUGCAUCCUGUGGUUUUACCCACACCCUUUCUGUUCAGAUACAAAACACAUCAGAGAAAAUGGCGGAACUUGAGAAGGAAGGACAGAACCAAACAAUGCAUGAGAACCAAGAUGAAGAUGAGCCCCAUUAUACUGACGACUCCAAGACAAGCAAGAUUCAGGACGACACAAGUUUCGAACAAAAGCUAAUUGAAGAGGUCAGAAGGUACAGCAAUUUGUACAACACCUCAUUGAAAGACUAUAAAGACUUCACAAUAACCAGCAACAGCUGGAAGGAGAUAGCCCAAACUCUGAGAGUAGAAGAACAGAUUUGCAGGACGAAAUGGAAGAAAUUGAGAGACAGAUAUGUCAGACUAAGGAGGAAAAUUAAGGGGAAGAGUGGGGAUGCAGCAUCAGGAAUACAAACACAAAUACUCACCACACUGUCCUGGCUGUCUGGCUUCAUAAAACACAAGGAGACGAAGUCAGACUAUCCACAGGAAGAGGAGAUGGACACCUCAGAAGAUCUGCAAGAUGACAACCUGAUCGAGGGGGAACGCUUCCACAGUUCUAAUAAUGAGCAGCAAGAUGGACAUUUGGUAGUUAGGAGGAAUGUAAUAUUAGAACGAACAAAAUUCAACCAAAGACAACAGGAAGCAGGAGAGACAGCAGAUGAUUUUAUCUCUGCACUUCAUUGUUUGUCAGAACAUUGUGGCUAUGGAGCUCUGCUCAGUGAGAUGAUAAGAGACAGACUAGUCGCAGGCUUACUUGACAGAAGACUGUCCAAGCAAUUACAAAUGGACCCAGAACUCACACUGGAUAAAGCUGUCACACACAUUCGUCAAACUGAAAUUGUGGAAAAGCAACAGGACCUGCAGGAGAAUAUCUUCAAAGCUGCCAGCAGCAUGGAAAAUGAAGACCGUGUGUUCAUGUAGAAAACAUCAAUGCCCAGCCAAUGUCCAGUGCCAAUCAGAGAAGAAUCAAAACUCAGAAAGACCACAACAACCCCAAACAACGCAGGAGAAUGAAGAAGAUCCCCUAGAUACUGAUGGCUUCAGUACUGGAGGAGAAAAACCUCACUACUGCGCCUACUGCGGUAGGAGCUUUCAAAAAGUAAGGGAUCUUAUAAGACACCAGCGAACGCAUACUGGAGAGAAGCCUCACCACUGCCCUGAUUGUGACAGAAGUUUUGCUCGAUUAGAUAAGCUUAAAUUACACCAGCGAACACAUACUGGAGAGAAGCCUCACCACUGCCCUGAUUGCGACAAAAGUUUUGCUCGAUUAGAUAAGCUAAAGAUCCACCAAGAAAUACAUAUAGGAGUGAAGCCUCACCACUGUCCUGAUUGCGACAGAAGAUUUGCUCGAUUAGAUAAGCUUAAGUCACACCAAAAAAUACAUGCAAAAGACAAACGUAUUUUUCAUUCCUCUGACUGUGUGAAAAGCUUUGUCCUAUUAGAGAAGCUUAAAAAACACCAGCUGGAGAAUACCUUCAAAGCUACCAGCAGUGCAUCCAAUGUAGAUUGUGUGCUCACACAGCAGAGAACAUUCAGCAAAGUCAGAGAGAGUAAAAGGCAGCAGAGUAAAAUACGAGCUAGGGCUCCAGGAAAGAGAACACCAACACAUAGCAAAUCAAUGCAGGAGAAGGAAGGGGAGCCCCUAGAUACUGAUGACUCGGAUGAUUGGAUCGAGGGUUUCGGUCCUGGAGGAGAGAAGCCUCACUACUGCUUUGACUGCGGUAAGAGCUUUAGAAAAGUGAGGGAUCUUAUAAGACACCAGCGAACACAUACAGGAGAGAAGCCUCACCACUGCCCUGUUUGUGAUAGAACUUUCGCUAGAUUAGACAAACUUAAAUUACACCAAGAAAUACAUACAGGAGUGAAGCCUCACCACUGCCCUGAAUGUGAGAGAAGUUUUGCUCGAUUAGAUAAUCUUAAAUUACACCAAAAAAUACAUAUAAAAGAGGAACAUAAUGUCACACUGAACCAUCAAACUGAAAUGAAUGUAGAUUGUGUGCACACACAGCAGAGAACAGCCAGCAGAGGCAGGCAGAAGAGUAAAAUGCGAGCUAGUGCACCAGGGGGAAAAAUGGGCCAGUCACAGCCAGGCAAAGACUCCCCUUACAAAAGUUCAGUUCGAAAGAAUCAACACUCAGAAAAACUGCGACUACCCCAAACAACGCAGGAGAAUGAAGAGGAUCCUGAAGAUACUUCUGAUAACUGGACAGAGAGUUUUAGUACUGUAGAGAAGCCAUACAUCUGCUCCGACUGCGGUAAGAGCUUCAGACUAGAGAAUCGUCUUAUAAGACAUCAGCGAACACAUACAGGAGAGAAGCCUUACGACUGCCCUGACUGUGACAAAAGUUUUGCGCGAUUAGAUCAUGUUAAGUCACACCAAAAAACACAUAUGAAGGAGGAACGUAAUUUCCGCUGCUCUGACUGUGUGAAAAGCUUUGUCCGAUUGGAACAGCUUGAAAAACAUCAGCUAACACACAAGAAAAGUUACCGCUGUUCAAAGUGUGAUGAAAGGUUUUCAGAUCUGGUUGACUGGAAAGCACACUUUUUAGUACACAGAGAGAUCCUUCACUGUCCUGACUGUGACAAGCAGUUCUUGUACAAGGGACUUUUUGAAAGACACAGGAGAACACAUUUGAGAAAAAGAGAGAAAUUUCUCUGCACAAUAUGUGGAAAGGAGAUUCACAACUUUAAAAUACACAUGCGAGUACACACUGGAGAGAAACCAUAUCACUGCACUGAGUGUGGGAAGAGUUUUGCGUAUACAAAAUCAUACAAAACACAUAUAUUAACACAUACCUCUGGUGAAAGAGCAACCUAUCCUUGUUUGGAAUGUGGAAAGACUUUUACUCGCAUAGAUGGCAUGGUGAGACACGUGAGGAGGGUUCAUACUGGAGAGAGAAAUCAUCAGUGCGGAGACUGUGGAAAACGAUUCUUUCGAAAAGAGUCACUGAAGAGACACAGUCUAGUUCAUACCGGAGAGAAACCAUACCAAUGCUCUGUCUGUGGGCAACGCUUCUCCCAAGAUGGCGACAGAAAACGCCACGAGAAGAGGCACUACUCUGGUGUCUCAGAGUUCCUUGAUCUAUAAUGCAGAAGUGGUGUUUGAUUGGGUGGGUUCCUGCAAUACCAAUGUGAUUUCUAACCAGGUGGCCUGGAAUUGCCACCACAGACUGUAGAAAAUACACACAGACAGACUGUUGCUGAUACACAAGUCUGAGUAUUACUGUUUUCAUUUAAGUAUUUAUUUUUUUCAAAGUCUUAUUUGAAAUGUUUUAAUAUUUUGUUUCAACAAAAGCAUAGUAUACUAUCAAUAGCGUUCAUUGUUAAAUUAUGGGCCUUCCCCAUUGGUGAUUUGCAGUCAGCUAUAUUGUAUUAAAGAUGCGCAAUGCAGAAAUCUCCACCAUUUUCCUGGUUGCUAAAAUUCGAAUAGUUCGCCUAAUUUCAAUUUAUGUGACAAAACAAGCAAGUAUAGUGUACAAUGGUACCAUCUAUACCGUUGUGAAAUAUAUUUUCCAGAACAGAAAAGACUGUAUUUUCAGCUGGUGUACAAAACCGAAAGUGAAAGAACGGUAAGCAUAGAAAUGGCGCACAUAGAACAUAUCUACCGCUUCUUAGACUUGCUUUUGAUGAGUAACAGAUCUAUAACACACAUUAUGUGAAUUUGGUCAGGUCGCCCAAAAAGUGACAUAUUGCAGCUUUAAUGUUGAUAUUUUGAUUAUCAGGUGGGCCACAAGCUACUUUGAAAAGAUGCCAAUGAAAGGUUCCCAACUACAACCUUCGAGUGUAUACAUUUAAGCUGCAGAGUUCAAACAAAUUCUCCAGCUGGCUGCCACCUACGAGGGAUCAGCGACCCGGAGUUAGGACAAGGCAGGGUGGGCAUCUACAGAUCAGAUACACCACUGAACUCUACAGACAAAGCCCAAUACCUUGCCUGGCCAACCAUUUACAACGAUCCCGCCAACUGAUGUUUCUUCUCCACAAUGAGUCUGGAUUUGCCUUAGAAUGCGAACGCAUUCUGACCUUUCUGAUUGGUCCCAGAAAUCGAUGGGUUGGGCCAGCGCCGGCCUGCAUGAUGACGUUAUCAACUUUGAUACUUUGCGUGGUUAAGAUUUUUUAGACUAUCCAAUCACUGAUGAUUUUGUUUUGUACAGUGCUUCUUAUUUUGAAGUCACACAAAUAACUUCUAGGAUGGCAACGCCUUCAGAAAGUUCAUACCCCUUGACUUAUUCCACAAUCUGUUGUUACAACCUGAAUUCUAAAUCAAAAAAAAUUCUCACCCAUCUAUACACAUUACCACAUGACAAUGUGAAAACAUUUCAAAAAACAUGUUAUCAAAUUUAUAGAAAAUGAAAUAUCAAAUUUACUUAAGUAUUCACACCCUUUGCGAUGACACUCCAAAUUGAGUUCAGGUGCAUCCAAUUUCCUUUGAUCAUCCUUGAGAUGUCGCUACAACUUGAUUGGAGUCCACCUGUGGCCAAUUCAAUUGUUUGGACAUGAUUUAGAAAGAAACACACCUCUAUAUAAAGGCCCACAGUUGACAGUGCAUGUCAGAGCAGAAGCUAUACCAUGAAGUCCAAGGAACUGUCUGUAGAUCUCCGGGAGAGAAUUGUGAUGACGCAUAUAUCUGGGAAAGGGUACCGUAUAAAACAAUUUCUAGAGUGUUGAAAGUUUCCAAGAGCACAGUGGUCUCCCUCAUUGGGAAAUUAAAAAAAUGUGGAACUACCCAGACUGCCGAGAGCUGGCCGUCCGACCAAACUGAGCAACCGGUCAAAAAGGACCUUGGUCAGAGAGGUGACCAAGAACCCAAUGAUCACUCUGACAGAAAUACAGAGUUCCUUGACUGAGAUAGAAAAACCUGUCAGAAGGACAACGGUCUCUACAGCACUUCACCGAUCUGGGAUUUACGGGAGUGGCCAGACAGAAGCCACUCCUGAGAAAAAGGCACAUAACAGCACCCCUGGAGGUUGCAGAAAAGCACGUGAUCGACUGAGAGAAUAAGGCAAAAGAUGCUGUGGUCUGAUGAGACAAUUUUUACUCUUUGACCUCGAAUGCAAAGCGCUAUGUCUGGAGAAAACCAGGCACAACUCAUCACCCAUCUAACACCAUCCCUACGGUGAAGCAUGGUGGUGGCAGCAUGCUAUGGGGGAUGCUAUUCAGCGGCAGGGAUUGGGUGACUUGAAAGGAUAGUGAGAGCAAUGAAUGGAGCCAAAUACAGGCAAAUCCUUGAUAAGAAGGUGUGCAAAUAACCUUAGACUGGGGGCGAAGAUUUACGUUCCAACAGGACAAUGACCCCAAGCAUACAGCCAAAGCAAUGCUGGAAUGGCUUCAGAACAAGACUGUGAAAGUCCUUGAGUGGCCCAGACUUGAAAUCCAUUGAAAAUCUGUGGAAAAACUUCUGUCACUGCCGCUCCCCAUCUAACUUAAGGUUGAGAAAAUCUGCAAGGAAGAAUGGGAGAAAAUCACCAAAUCCAGAUGUGCCACGCUGAUACAGACAUACCCAACACGACUCAAAGAUGUAGAAGCACCUUUGGCGGCGAUUACAAAGUAUUGACUCGGGGGUGUGAAUUAUGUAAAUUAGAUAUAAUUUAAUACAUUUUCUAAAAACAUAUCGCGUUUGUCAUUAUGGUGUAUGUUGUGUAGAUGGGUGUGAUUUAUUUUUAUUUUUUUAAAUGCAUGUUGAAUUCAGGUUGUAACACAAUGUGGUCAAGUGGUAUAAAUACUUUCUGAAGCCAAUGUAUGUAGCGAUAGAGCAGUGGAAUUAGGUUCAGGGUGUUGUCAGGCAACCCAAUACCAUAAUUAGUUAGGCUUUUACAUGUCACUAGAUGGGGUAGAUGUUCACAUUAAAAAAAAAUGUUUUGUGUGUUUCUGCUUUUAAUCAUGUUCAUAUUUGUAUAUUGUUGUUCCCUCUGUGUUAUACAAUCUGCCUUGCAAACUAUAAUUUUGAAUAAAAGACAAGUGGGCAUAGUUCAAA